GCCAUUAAAUUUCUCUCUGUUAUACCUUUUAAUUGUGUAAAAUAUUUAAUUACAGCAAGUAUAAAUAUAUAUAUAAACAAAUACACUGCGACAUCUGUGUCACAGUAGCAAGGAAGAAAAACGCGUUCCUAUCAUAUGGUAAUAAAAUUGCGGCAUCACCCACUUUUGACAGCAUCAGUGGUAAUUGAACACAGCAUAACCUCACUUUUUCUUGGCAUUUAUCUGUCCGUUGGGGUUUAAUUUUUGAAGGCAGAGCGCCGCAGUCACUUGAAUUUCGCCGAAGCGCAGCGUCGCAGCGUCUUUGUUUGUAGUUGUUUUCUAUUUUGUGUUCUGUUCACUUUGGAAUUUUACGGAUGCGUCGGUGAAAAAUAGUUUUCUCAUUGGGAUGCAAAAUGAGGAUUUUUUUAAAUUAUUUGAAUUGUGAAUGCCAUAGAAAAUUAGAAAAAUUAAAUCAAUUGACACAGUAAAACAGUGAAGAAAAUAAAUCGAAAGUGGAAAGUGUAUUUAAAAGAAAACUGUGAAUUUGCUGGUACGGGCGAGACAAAAGGCUUUAAAUUUUUUGCGCGCCCUUGAAUCUGUGCGCGCAGUGGCAAAAAUGUCAAAGAAGUGUCUUGAGAGUGAUUCUAUACAAUUUAUGGUGCUAAAAAUAUAAGUGUUUGUUGCUUUUCCCUAAGCUACGAGUAUAUUCCGUCGCUGGUCGGUCAACAGCUGCAACCCCAGUUAUGUGUAAAAUGAACGCUAGUGUUUGUAUAUUUUAAAAUUAACAUUUAUGGAAUUUAGUUGAAUCAUUGAAGUUAGUGCUUUAUUCGAAAUCAAAUUUACGCGACCUCUCUGCGAGAAGGUUAGCAAUUUAACAAUUUAUAUAAAAUAUCUGGAAUAUUAAACAAGUUAUAUGGACACAAUGGAAACGAUAGAUGAACAAUCUAAAAGUGAAAUGUCCAUUUCACCUUCACCCUCACCCGAGAAUCUGAGGAUCUGUCUGGUUGGCGAUGUCGUUAACGAUGCAGAAACCGUAGAGGCUGCGCGCAGUUUUAAUGUGCCUGUCAUCACCUCCGAGAACGGUUUGGAUGUGCUCAACGACUAUGAGUGGCGCACCUUCUUUGUGCUGCAAGAUUUCGAGGGUCCCAUAUACGAUGCGAUACACAGAAAUAAACAGUGCAUAUUGGGUCCACCUGCCUUGAAGCAUGCCGCCGAGUCGAAGGAUGGACUCAUACGCAAUGCGCGACCCGUUUACAAUUACUCAAUGCGCGGCGUGGUGACGUGUUUUACAGGCAUCCGCAAGAAGGAUGAAUUGACGCGUCUCGUCAAUCUCAUACAUUCGAUGGGCGGUUGCAUACGCAAAGACAUGAAUUCCAAGAUCACACAUUUAAUUUGCAGUCACAGCGGCGGUGAUAAGUAUCAAUAUGCAAAAACAUUUCGUUUGACCGUGGUGCGACCGGCCUGGGUUUACGCCGCUUGGGAGCGACGCGAUGAACUGCAAUUUCGUGCAACGACCGAUGAUUUUUCGCGUGAGCAUAAACUGAAAGCAUUUGAAGGUCAGAAGAUUUGCUUCUUCGGCUUCCCAACCGACGAGCAUCAACACAUGGUCGAUGUGUUGCUCAGCAAUGGAGGCGUGCCGGCGGAGUUGGAUGAUCCUGAGUGUUCGCAUGUCGUCAUGCCUAAUACUGGUGGUUAUUAUCUCGAAACCAUGACUAACACUUGCAAUUCACCCAAGCCCCCAUCCAUAACUAACCCUCAAUCCCAACCCAAUCCAUCAACACCAAAACUGCUAUACAAAACUGAAUGCAACGAUAUAAAAGAAUCGUUGGAAUCCGAUAUGGGAGUAAGCGCAUUAGCGCCGGAAACGUCGCCAAGUGCAAACAUUAAUGAGACUGAAGAAAAGACUGCAAAGAAGACUGAAAAAUCGGCAACAACUGUGAGCGCUGAUUGCCAAAUGGAUGUGGACAAUGAUGCGCAGAACAUUGACACGCCAGAAGAAGAUGAUGUUGGCGUUGAUAAUGUGGAUGUAGAUGAAGAUGAUGAUGAUGAUGGCGAUUACUUUGAUGAACGCCUAGUGGUGGACUAUGAUCGAAAUAAGGCGCUGCAGCAUGGCUCACCACUGCCGGAAGGUGUCGAUAUCGACGAUCCGGUGGAUGCUGUGAUGCCAGUCGGACAGCAGAAUGCGAGCACGCCACAGAAACCAACAACACCAACACUUGUAACACUUGCAACGCCGCCAAAGUUUGAUAUUAAUGCCAAUUCGAGCGGUGCGGAGUUGGAAACAGAAAAUGAAGAAAUCAAUGAUAAUGCAAGCACACCAAUAAAAUCAGCAGCUAACAAUGAAGAUCUGAAUAAAAGCACCACCGAUGGUAUUAUUCACUCGAAAGAGGCAUUUCACAAUCCAAAUAAUAUUUCGCCAAUAUUAAAUGCAAUGCCAGACACACUAGAGAACACAGCAAGAACUACAAACACCUUACAAAUACCAAAUUUGAUAGUGACUGCUAACUCAUCGCCCGAAAAUGCGCUAUCACCGAUGGAUGUGGAGCCGGAGGCGGACGAUUUGAAUGCCGAUGUCGAAGAAGAUUUCGGCGAUUUGAAUGAGUUGAAACGCAAACGUGAAAGUUUCGAUAGCAUUUCACUGAUGUCCGUCGAAUCGUUUGCGCUGCCGACUAGCACGAAAAAACCGAAACUCUUACGUACCGGCUCGAUAACACGUUCCAUACGUCGUUCGAUGAGCUUUGUAGCGGUGCGCACACCUAUUUCGAAAAUGUUGCGUCCACGUCGCAGUUCGGUGGCGCUCGAUGGUGCGCCAAACGAUGAAGAUGGCUGCAAUGCGGAUGAUUCCUUCUGUUCAAUUGCUUCGAUCGAAAGCACCUUCAACGAAUCGAUACGUAAACCGGUUAAGGAGAAAUUUCGCAGUCUACGCAAUCGCAUAACGCGCAGCAGCAGCAAAAAGGAUAAAUUCAAUAUGCAAGCACAACCUACGACGCCAGAGAAGGAUGACAAGUGUGAGCGUGAAAUGCCGAGUAGCGGCUUCAAGACACCCAAAGCGCCGGUGAAGUUCCUCAGCGCCGCCGCAAAAGCAAUUGGCACGCCUAAAUCACUAACCAAACAUGCGCUACUCUCCGCGCCAUCUCCAUCAACUGCCUCAGCGGCAUCAAAUAAGUUAGCAAGUGUUGACUUAGAAUGCGCUGAACCACCCUCUCAAGUCGCCGCUGUUGCGCUGCCGGCUGUCAAUACUCCCACAGCUGCCACAUAUAUAACACCUGCUGCGCUUUCAUUGCCUCAUUCACCACCACCUAUGCAACAACCGAAGUUAAGAGUUAACCAAGAAAUCGCGCCUCAAAUUACUCAACUUCAUGCUCAGGCGCUCGCUCAUAACCAGGCUGCGUCGAAACUGGAAAACGCUCAUUUUAAGCUUGAACAUUUGCAAUGCGACGCGACUGGACGUUCAUUAAUGGUUGUUGAUGAACACACCACACAAGCCAAGCCGGAACCCAAAAACCACCGCACACAUAUACUAAAGUCCGACUGGUUCUGGUAUACCAUACAGAAUGGCUAUGCGGACGAGAUGGAUUACCUCUUCGGCGAUUAUUUGGACAGUAUUGCGAAUACGCCCAAUACCGAUCGUCGCGAUUCACUGCCCAUCAGUUUUAAUAAGCGUAAACGGAAACGUUUCUCACAACGCAUACAAUUCGAAGGCACACCCAUUGGUUCGGGCAAACGACGUUCGUCCGUCUCUGAUGCCGGUCUUUUAUCCGUGUCCGGCAGUUUCUUCGAUUGCACCACCAGCCCGGAUAAGUUGGAGGCUGGUAAAUUGCACAAUGAAGUGCACAUUGAAACGCCAACAGUUUGUGAAUCGACGCCGGCCAAGAAGUCGAUGCGUUUCAAUCACUUUAUGGACUUCUUCAGCACCGAGUCCAACUAUGUGGGCAUUUUAGACACAAUUGUGAAGCUCUUCAAGAACCCACUCGAAGAAAUUGCGGAAACCAACGACGCGCUACUCAACAAAUCCGAGAUCAAAUCGAUCUUCAAUAAUUUUCUGCCCAUACAUGAAGUGCAUCAGUGCAUGCUGGAGAGUUUGCGCGCGUUACAGAGUAAAUGGUCCGAGGAUUGUUUAAUUGGUGAUAUCAUAUUGCAGCAUCGUGAUGAGUUGACCAAGGCGUAUCCACCGUAUGUGAACUUUUUCGAACAAAUGAAGGAAACACUGCAACAAUGUGAUAGCCAAAAUCCGCGUUUUCAUGCAUUUUUGAAAAUCAAUCAAACAAAACCGGAAUGCGGGCGACAAAGCUUGCAGGAUCUAAUGAUACGCCCCGUGCAAAGACUGCCGAGCAUUAGUUUGUUGUUGAACGACAUUUUAAAGCAUACAAACAAAAAUAAUCCCGACUACGUUAAACUGGAGCAGGCACUCAAAGCCAUCAAGGAGGUCAUGAUGCAUAUUAACGAGGAUAAACGGAAGACAGAAUCGCGCAUGGCGAUAUUUGAUAUCUUCAAUGACAUUGAAGGCUGUCCGGCCCACCUUGUUUCCUCGAAUCGUAGUUUCAUUUCCAAGUGUGAAGUAACGGAACUCUCAGACAGUUUGAGCGGUCGUGGCGAUUCGCUUUUGUUGUACUUAUUCUCCGACACCAUAGAGGUGUGUAAGAAGCGUUCGCGUGCCUUCAACACCGCAAAAUCGCCGAGUUCUACAAAAUCACACAAACACGUGAAGCUGGUGUCAUUGAAUGCGAUACGUUUUGUCAUUGACAUCACCGAUAGUCCGCGUGCUUUCGCCUUGCUUUGUCGCCAAGAUAAGGAGAAGCUGUUUUCGUUCACCAUAUGCGAUGAGGAAACCGAUAAGGUGGUGUACUUGAAGUUGCUGUGCAAGCAGAUGGCGGAGAACGCUUGCCGUACGGACACGGUGAGCGCAUUACUGAGUCGCACCUCACAGGAGUUGGAAGUGGAUAUCAGUGAUGUGAAUUUGAGCACUUUGUCGAAGGCGUUCAAGUUGGCGGCGCGUACGCGUCAAAAGGUGGGCCGUGCAUUUUCAUUUAACAAGACUCCCUCGAAACUGAAGCGAGCCGUUUCCACAAUGAUGACACCACCUUUUGGCAGCACAAACUCAUUAACGCCCGCCUCGCAAUUGGCACAAAUGCGUCUGGCCAGUUGUGCAAAUAUACACGAGGCGGUCGAUGAGGAGGGUAACCGCAGUAGUUCACCUUCGGCUCAAUCGGAAAUCUUGCUGCCACCACUUUCUGUACAACCGAUGCGCAAGAAUAAGUCCUCGACGCUGAGUGUUGUCGGGCGUCUUUAGGCAUUUCAGCUGCUGAACGGUGAUGAAUUAAUAAAUGAACUGUUUCGAAUUUGUUUACAAAGCUGCAGCAGCGUUUGAGGAAUGUUGUUGUACAGCGGCCGUUGUUCGGUACACCGUUAUUUGCUAAGCAUUGUCGUACAAUCAACGCUAUUUCGUAGAAAUUUUAUACUCGCUCUUGAAUACUUAUUCUGGCUGUCAGUGUUCGACUGUUGGCGCUGCAUUCUAAGCAGACGCAAAUAUUUGAAAUUUUCACAAUUACGGAUUGCAUCAGCUACAUCAACUGUGUACCGUUUCACCAACAUCCGCUUAUACGAAGCGUUACUUUAUUGUUUUGAAUGUCAUGUGAUGGGCUAAAACCUUUGUGCCCGCUUCGUAUGUGUUUUAUAUGAAACAAAAAAUCAAAAUCAACAAGAAUCACUUUAAUAUGUUCAUUUUGGUACAAUCACAUUGUGUAUGUUUGCCAACUGAAAUGUAAUAAAAUUGGGGAAAAAGAAAGAAAAUAUAUAUAUGUACCGCAGCCGCAUAUAAAUUUAAGAUUUUCACGUGAAAUUGUCUGUAGCUUUUAAUAGCAUAUGUAUGUAUGUAUUUUUCGUGUUUGACAUUGUAAAUAUAUAUGUAUAUGUAUAUACGUCAACGAAUAUCGUGUUCGGUUAUAAUUUCGUUUUAAGGAUUGCGCAAAAAAAACCCUCCAUCAUCUUAUUUUAACAAAAUACAUAUUACAUAAUCUAAUUUAUAUGAUUACGAAUUAUAUAUCUACUUAUAA